AUGGUUACAGUUGCUAUUAACGGUUUCGGUAGAAUCGGUAGAUUAGUCUUAAGAAUUGCCAUGGCCAGAAAGAAUGUUACAGUUGCUGCUAUCAACGAUCCAUUCAUCUCUAACGAUUAUGCUGCCUACAUGUUCAAGUACGAUUCCACUCACGGUAGAUACAACGGUGAAGUCUCUCACGAUGACAAACACAUCAUCAUCGAUGGUCAUAAGAUUGCCACCUUCCAAGAAAGAGACCCAGCCAACUUACCAUGGGCUUCUUUGAAGAUCGACAUUGCUAUUGACUCCACUGGUGUCUUCAAGGAAUUAGACACUUGUCAAAAGCAUUUGGAUGCUGGUGCCAAGAAGGUCGUCAUCACUGCCCCAUCUUCCACUGCUCCAAUGUUUGUUGUUGGUGUUAACGAAGACAAAUACACUCCAGACUUGAAGAUUGUCUCUAACGCUUCCUGUACCACCAACUGUUUGGCUCCAUUGGCCAAGAUCAUCAACGACAACUUCGGUAUCGAAGAAGGUUUGAUGACCACUGUCCAUUCUCAAACUGCCACCCAAAAGACUGUUGACGGUCCAUCCCACAAGGACUGGAGAGGUGGUAGAACUGCUUCUGCUAACAUUAUCCCAUCAUCCACUGGUGCUGCUAAGGCUGUCGGUAAGGUCUUACCUGAAUUACAAGGUAAGUUGACCGGUAUGGCUUUCAGAGUCCCAACUGUCGAUGUCUCUGUUGUUGAUUUGACUGUUAAGUUGGCUAAGGAAACCACUUACGAUGAAAUUAAGAAGGUUGUCAAGGCUGCUGCUGAAGGUCCAUUAAAGGGUGUUGUUGGUUACACUGAAGACGCUGUUGUCUCCUCUGAUUUCUUAGGUGACUCUCAUUCCUCUAUCUUUGAUGCUUCUGCUGGUAUUCAAUUGUCUCCAAAGUUCGUUAAGUUGAUCUCUUGGUACGAUAACGAAUACGGUUACUCUACCAGAGUUGUCGACUUGGUCGAAUACGUUGCCAAGGCCUAA